AUGGCUGCCUGGAAUCGGCGCAGCUCGUCCGGCAGCGACGAGCCUGGCGUCCAUCAUGAUCAUGAGCUGGGGAAGGAGGAGUACCAGGCGCAUACAAGCUAUGCGCCCGCGGUGGAGGGAUCCGUGGAAGAACCGCACAGUCAUACGAAGCUUCAUCGUGGAUUGGAAGCUAGGCACAUUACGAUGAUAGCAAUAGGAGGAGCUCUAGGAACUGGUCUGAUUAUUGGAACCGGAAAGGCCUUGGCGCAAUCCGGCCCGGCCUCGAUCUUGAUAUCCUACACCUUUGUCGGCACUCUCGUUUUCAUCGUCAUGGCUGCCCUGGGCGAGAUGGCUGCUUGGCUGCCUCUGGGUAGCGGUUUCGCUGGCUAUGCUACGAGAUUCGUCGACCCUGCUCUCGGAUUUGCCCUCGGCUACACCUACUGGUUCAAGUACAUCAUCGUCACGCCAAAUCAGCUCACUGCCGCCGCGCUGGUGAUACAGUACUGGUGUCCGCCCGAAAAAGUAAAUCCAGGCGUCUUCAUCACCGUCUUUUUCGUCGUCAUCGUGGCCAUCAACUACUUCGGCGUCCGCUUUUUCGGCGAGUUCGAGUUCUGGCUCAGCAGUCUCAAAGUGGUUGUCAUCGUCGGCAUCAUCCUGCUAUCUCUCGUCCUCGCACUCGGUGGCGGCCCUACCCAUGACCGCACCGGGUUCCGAUACUACAAGGACCCCGGCGCCUUCGCGCCCUACAUCAUGGACGGCUCCUCAGGCAAGUUCCUCGGCUUCUGGGCCAGCAUGAUCAACGCCGUCUUCGCCUACCUCGGCACCGAACUCGUGGGCGUCACAGUUGGCGAAGCGCAAAACCCACGACGCACGAUCCCCAAAGCGAUCAAACUAACCUUCUUCCGCAUCAUCUUCUUCUAUUGCCUUUCCGUCUUCCUGCUCGGGAUGAUUGUCCCCUACAACUCCGACGACCUCGCCUUCGCGAACGACAAGUCCAACUCGGCCGCCGCCUCGCCCUUCGUCGUCGCCAUCAAACUCGCAAAAAUCAAGGCGCUUCCCGGCAUCGUCAACGCUUGUAUCCUGAUCUUUGUCUUCAGCGCCAGCAACUCGGACCUCUACAUCGCGUCGCGCACGAUCUACGGGCUCGCAUCGCAGGGCAAAGCGCCAGCGAUACUGGCACGCACAGACAACCGCGGAGUGCCAGUGUACGCGCUAGGACUAAGCAGCUGCUUCUGCCUGCUCGCAUACAUGAACGUCGCCGACGACAGCAAAGUCGUGUUCGGGUACUUUGUGAACCUGGUCACGAUCUUCGGCAUCCUAACCUGGAUCUCGAUCCUGGUGACGCACAUCUUCUUCGUGCGCGCGCGCAAAGCGCAAAACGUGCCCCGCGAAUCCCUGGCUUACGUCUCGCCCCUCGGCGCUGCGGGCAGCUACGUCGCGCUCUUCUUCUGCGUGCUCAUCGCGCUGACGAAGAACUUCAGCGUCUUCACGCACAGCGACGACUACGGCGACUUCGACUACAAGAACUUCAUCACGGGGUAUCUGGGUGUUCCGCUGUUUCCGCUCAUGGUUCUGGGUUGGAAGCUCUGGCAUCAUACCGAGAUGGUGCGCCCUGAGACGGCGGAUCUUUGGUCGGGGAAGGCGGAGAUCGAUCGUGAGGAGCAGGAGUUUUUGGCGGCCGAGGCGGCGCGGAAGAGAGUCCAUGGCCCGACGUUUUAUGAUCGCUAUGUCUCGUGGUUGUUCUAG